AAUCGAAGCCGUUGCUGAGUUUAGACUACGUACCGUGACACGGUUACCAAGAAUCGAAGCCGUUGCUGAGUUUAGACUACUUGGCCAAGAAUCGAAGCCGUUGCUGAGUUUAGACUACGAGUCGGACACGAUUGACUUGGAAAACCCCUUCACAGAUUGGGAUUAUACAUUCGAUUCACAUGCUCCCUAUGUAAUCUACAUGAGGAAAUGGAGAAGACCCACCUGA